AGACGAUCAGUCCGACGGCCGAUUCUACUCGUUUCCCUCCCCCAUUUUCAACUCUCCUGUUCCCCCUCCUCUUCAAACUCCCUCUUUUCCUUUUUUUUCUUCCUCCCAUUUUUCUCCUAUCUAUAUUUCGAAAUGAGUGACGGAGUCAACGGCGCCGCGGAGCGAUUCGCCAUCGGUAUCUCCUUUGGCAACUCCUCUAGUUCCAUUGCCCGCAUUAACCCUGAGGGCAAGGCUGAGGUUAUUGCCAACGAAGAAGGAGACCGUCAGAUCCCUACCGUUCUCUCGUACAUCGAUGGCGAAGAAUACCACGGUACCCAGGCCAAGGCCCAGCUCAUCCGCAACUCCCAGAACACCGUCGCCUACUUCCGCGACUACCUUGGCAAGGACUUCAAGUCGAUAGACCCCACGCCGUGCCACAACUCGGCCCACCCCCAGCAGAGCGACUCUACCGUGGCUUUUUCGAUCCGUGAUACCGAAAGCGAGACUCCUAACACUGUCACCGUCUCCGAGAUCGCCACCCGUCACCUCCGUCGCCUUAAACAGUCUGCCACCGAUUUCCUGGGUAAGGAAGUCAACGCCACCGUUAUCACUGUGCCCACCGACUUCACCGACGCUCAGCGGACAGCCCUGACCGCGGCCGCCAAGGACGCUGGUCUUGAAGUCCUGCAGCUGAUCCACGAGCCCGUCGCUGCUGCCCUGGCCUACGAUGCCCGCCCCGAGGCCACCGUGACCGACAAGCUUGUCGUUGUGGCCGACCUUGGUGGUACCCGCUCCGACGCUGCUGUGCUCGCUUGCCGCGGCGGAAUGUACACCAUCCUCGCCACUGCCCACGACUACGAGCUCGGAGGUGCCACUCUGGACAAGAUCGUCAUCGACCACUUCGCCAAGGAGUUCAUGAAGAAGCACAAGACUGACCCCCGGGAGAACGCCCGCGGUCUUGCCAAGCUGAAGCUGGAGGGUGAGGCCACCAAGAAGGCCCUCAGCUUGGGUACCAACGCUACCCUGAGCAUUGAGUCUCUUGCCGAUGGUGUUGACUACGGCUCCACCGUCAACCGCACGCGGUACGAGCUGCUGUCGGGCAAGGUGUUCGCUCAGUUCACCGGCCUGAUCGAGCAGGCUGUCCAGAAGGCCGGCCUUGAUGUUCUGGACAUCGAUGAGGUUAUCUUCUCGGGCGGUACCUCGCACACCCCCAAGAUUGCCCAGCUGGCUCGCAACAUCUUCGACGAGAAGACCAAGAUCCUUGCCCCCUCGACGCUCACUAGCGCCAUCAACCCCUCCGAGUUGUCCGCCCGUGGUGCCGCCAUCCAGGCUUCUUUGAUCCAGGAAUUCGAGAAGGACGACAUCGAGCAGUCCAUCCACCCUAUGGUCACUGCCACCGCUCACCUCAAGAACGCCGUUGGUGUUGAGUUCGCUUUGGGCGAUGCCACCGAGUUCAAGGCUCUCCUGCACGCCGAGACUGCUCUCCCCGCUCGUCGCAUUGCGCAGUACUCCGCCCCCAAGGAGGGUGGUGACGUCCUCAUCCGCGUCGUUGAGGGUGUCCGUGACAUCAAGGUCACCAAGCCCGAGCCCAAGGCCAAGGAGGAGAAGCCCACCAAGACCGAAGAAGACGACGACUCUGACUUCGACUCCGACGACGAGGAGGAGGAGGAGACCCGCGAGAUCGUCUGGAAGACCGAGAAGCCCGUUGCCGAGCUUGCCGUCAAGGGCGUCAAGGCUGGCAACAAGGUUGAGUUGAUGGUUCACGUCAACGCCGACCUGGGUCUGCAGAUCACUGCCCGUGAGGUUGGAGGCCAGAGUGCUGUCCGCGGUGCCGUCCAGGCUCCUUAGACUGUUUCAUCUAAGUGAUUGCACAGUAUCUUCUCUUCUCCUUUUGAUGAAACUUCCCUCUCAUAUCCUUGGACCCGCGCUUUCAUGCUUUAUGUCCUGCACCUUUUGUUUAUGAACCAUUUAGAAUAUCAAAUUUCUUUUUUCUGAUUAAGCUCUGUGCCUCCUGUUGCCCCAUCGCUCUGUUUUCUGUGUUGCAUAUUCCUUCGCUAGACAAACUGGACCGAUGGUUUGAGUCAGCUGAAAACACCGAGGUCAACAGAAUUAUGCCCUACGGAGUACGCUGUCUUUGCAAUGAUUUCUUGAUGACGAAUGUAUCGAUGAAGGUUCUUCAAAAGUAUAUAUACAGGUUGCUUUCUAUAGAAAUUUAUAGAUUUCGAAGUAAACACCAUUGUACCUAUUGUAGAUCUUACUGAAUCCGGAGUUCCACUAAAACCAUC